AUGGACGAGUCUCGUCUAUUUAAGCCCUUAAAGAUUGGCAAUAUCGAAGUCAAACACCGGAUUGGCAUGGCAGCAGUCAGUCGCUGUCGAGCUGAUGACGAGCAUGUUCCAACAGAGCUGAUGAAACAGUAUUAUUGUCAAAGAGCCUCGGUACCAGGCACCCUGCUAAUUGCUGAGGGUAGCCUGAUAUCAAAAGAACGUGGCGAGCUGCUCAGCGUGCCAGGUUUGUAUAGUCCACAACAGACGGCGGCUUGGAAAUCAAUAGUAGACGAAGUUCACACCAAAGCGAGUUUCAUCUUUGCUCAGCUAUACACAAUAGGCCGUGCAGGUUACAGAGAAGUAAACGACGGAAAGGAUUUCGAAUUCAGAGGCCCGAGCGCUAGUCCAUGGAGAGCUGAUACUCGCACACCAAAAGCCAUGACAACAACAGAAAUCAAGGAUAAUGUACGACUUUUUGUGCAGGCUGCAAAGAAUGCGGUGAAAGCAGGCUUCGAUGGCGUCGAAAUCCAUGGUGCAAACGGCUAUCUCAUCGAUACCUUUAUUCAAGACGUCAGCAAUCAGCGUGACGACGAAUAUGGCGGCAGUAUUGAGAAUCGAUCUCGUUUCGCAUACGAAGUUAUAAAAGCUGUUGCUCAUGCAAUUGGCAUUAAUCGGGUUGGACUUUGCCUAAGUCCGUGGAGCACAUUUCAAGGCAUGAGAAUGAAGGAUGAUGAUACGAUAUCGCAAUACACAGACCUGAUUAAGAAGGCGGACAAAUUAGGUAUUGCUUAUAUACAUCUAAUUGAGUCGCGCAACGCUGGCUUGGAUGAUGUUCCGGAGAAUAGGCGGCUUGAUUUCGCAUACAGCAUUUUCAAGGGACCAAUCCUUGUUUCUGGUGGCUAUACGACUGAGUUGGCACGGAAGCUUGUCGACGAACAGCACCCGGAGAGAGAUAUUGCGGUCAUGUUUGGGAGAUAUUUUACAUCGAAUCCAGAUCUUGUGUUUAAAGUGCAGCAGAAUGUGGAGUUUACUCCAUUUAACGAGGAGGACUUUAUUUAUUCCAAGUCGUCCAAAGGAUACACUGAUUAUACUUUCAGUGAUGAAUAUUUAGGAAGUCUCAAUGUUUUGACGCAGCUACUAAGCUGA